AUGCAGGAUAAUAUACCUGAAGAAACUAAUGCUGAUGUAUUACCCCAGCAUGUACAGUGCAUACUUCCACCAACAGCUGUUUAUAAAUACUUGGAAUAUGAAGAACUUCCGGACAACGAUACUACGGAAUCUAAGAAAUAUAGAGUUAAAUUUAACAUUAAAAAUGUGUCAACACCAAAGGAAAUCGAAACGUGGGUUUCUGAAUUUGCAGCAUCGUCAAACAUUAAAUACAAUUCUCAAGGUGGCUAUAAGAGAAAAGGUGUCAGAGUUUCAUUUGCCCAGUGGUAUAUUUGCGAGUGUAAAAGAAAGGAACCGAGCAGGAACCAAAAAGAAGCGAAAGCCGAAGCUAUGAAACGUAGGCAGGAGCGUCACGACACUCAUGCUGCUAAUGCCGAGGUCAUUGACAAGAUCCAUUUACUAUCCAACAUCCGCGAUAAAAAAACAGAUUGUGAGAGUAAAAUGGUAAUAAAAGUGCGUACCAAAGCAGUGGAAGGAAUUGUCUGUAAUGUGGAAUUAUGGUGGAAUCACAACCACAGCGUGGACUGUCAUCACCUUACCAGCUUUAGCCAAAUCUUACCUGCAACGAGACACAAAUUUCUAACUUAUUUUGAGCAGGGCAUGUCUGCGUCGGAGUCGUUCCAUUAUCACGAAACAAAGUUAAUGAAAGAUCCUGUUACCGUUCUUCUCUUAGCUGAUAGAAAGUACUGCCCAUCCUUGAGAGACGUUAAUAAUCUCUAUGAGAAGUGGAGAAAAACAACAAAGGGACCAUGUAAUGGAUCUGAAAUGUUUGACUAUCUGCAAGA